AUGCCUAAUAUUGAUCAACAACAACCCAAUGUUGCUGCAACUACAAGUAGUAAACCAACAAGUGCUGCUACUUCUUCUAGGCCAUUCCAAGGGGUAAAAAAUAAUUUUUUUUUGUGGUUCUACGUUAGGCCCAUACAUACCAGAGCGGGGACCCAUAAGACGGUUCCUGUCCCAUUCCAACUUCUAAUGUUUGCUUAUGCUAUUUUGGAACGCAUACAACAUUGA